AUGAGCACUUCAUCUCCUUCACGGAAGGCGUUAAGCAAGAUCGCGUGUAAUAGGCUACAAAAGGAGUUAUCAGAGUGGCAAGUAAAUCCUCCGACUGGGUUUAAGCACAAAGUUACUGAUAAUCUUCAAAAAUGGAUAAUAGAGGUAACAGGAGCACCAGGUACACUCUACGCUAAUGAAACGUACAAGCUUCAGGUUGAAUUUCCUGAACAUUACCCCAUGGAAGCUCCUCAGGUAAUUUUUGUUCCACCGGCACCGCUACAUCCUCAUAUAUACAGCAAUGGCCAUAUUUGUUUAGAUAUCCUCUACGACUCAUGGUCUCCAGCAAUGACAGUAAGCUCAGUCUGCAUCAGCCUUCUCUCAAUGCUAUCCAGUUCACCCGAAAAGCAACGCCCGACUGAUAAUGACCGGUAUGUGAAGAACUGCAAGAACGGAAGGUCUCCUAAAGAGACAAGGUGGUGGUUCCAUGACGACAAGGCAUGA